GAGCUACGUCACCAGGGGGAGGAGCUACGGGCGAACAGGGUACCCGAAAAGUACCCUCGCGGGCUCGCUUCGCUCACCACCUAAUUACUAAAGGUAAUAGUUGGUGGCGUGGAUAGUAGAGGAACUAUCCCGCUGGCCUAGCUCCUCCCCCUUGCGUCGUAACUCCUCCCCCUUACGGAAAAGGUCCCUUAGCCCACUUGAUUCUAGCAUCUACCAUCAGGCUCUUCCACAGAUACGGAGACAAUUCCACAGGAGGGGGAGUAUAUAGAGGAACACAGGGGUCUGUACAAGGACGUGAUGAUGGAGAAUCACCGGCCCCUCACAUCACUGGAUGGACCCAGUAACAGAGAUACCCCAGAGAGAUGUCCCCGUCCUCUGUAUUCCCAGGAUUGUACAGAGAAUAAUCACAGGACCCCACAGGAGGAUCAGGUAGAACGUCUUUUUCGUAUAAAGGCAGAAGAUAUAAGGAGAGAAGAAGAGACGUAUGUGACUGAUAUAAAGGCAGAAGAUAUAGAGGGAGAAGAAGAGACGUAUGUGACUGAUAUAAAGGCAGAAGAUAUAGAGGGAGUAGAAGAGACGUAUGUGACUGAUAUAAAGGCAGAAGAUAUAGAGGGAGAAGAAGAGAUGUAUGUGACUGAUAUAAAGGCAGAAGAUACAGAGGGAGAAGAAGAGACGUAUGUGACUGAUAUAAAGGCAGAAGAUACAGAGGGAGAAGAAGAGAUGUAUGUGACUGAUAUAAAGGCAGAAGAUAUAGAGGGAGUAGAAGAGACGUAUAUGACUGAUAUAAAGGCAGAAGAUAUAGAGGGAGAAGAAGAGACGUAUGUGAUUGAUAUGAAGGUAGAAGAUACAGAGGAAGAAGAAGAGACGUAUGUGACUGAUAUAAAGGCAGAAGAUAUAGAGGGAGAAGAAGAGACGUGUGUGACUGAUAUGAAGGCAGAAGAUAUACAGAAGGAAGAAGAGACGUAUGUGACUGAUAUAAAGGCAGAAGAUAUAGAGGGAGAAGAAGAGACGUGUGUGACUGAUAUGAAGGCAGAAGAUAUACAGAAGGAAGAAGAGACGUAUGUGACUGAUAUAAAGGCAGAAGAUAUAGAUGGAGAAGAAGAGAUGUAUGUGAGGGGUGACCAGCAGUGUAAGGAGGAGGAGAUCCCUACAGAUAUCAGCACAGCAGAUGGACACACAAGCAGGAAUAUCUCAGAAGGACAUCUAAUGCUAUCCCUGGAUUCUGAAAUAACAGAUAAUGACAGUAGACAGGAUUCUCCAGGAGCUAACCCCAUUACCCCAAUUAUUCAUCCAGCUCUAUCAGCUGAUCCCUCUGAUCCUGGGAAAUGUUCUCCUGAUCACUCUGAUAUUGGUGCAUCUGUUACAGCUCUGAGAGUAGAUACAGUGUUUCCCUGUUCUAUAGAUGCCAUAUGUUUUACACAGAACACAAACCUUAUUACUCAUCAGCCAGCUAAGGCAGGUGAGAGGCCAUUUCCAUGUUCUGAGUGUGGGAAAUGUUUUACAUAUAAAUCAUAUCUUGUUAGACAUGAGAGAAGUCACACAGGUGAGAAGCCGUAUUCCUGUUCUGAGUGUGGGAAAUGUUUUGCAACAAAAUCAUUUCUUGCUACACAUCAGAGAAGUCACACAGGUGAGAAGCCGUAUUCCUGUUCUGAGUGUGGGAAAUGUUUUGCAUGUAAAUCAGUUCUUGUUACACAUCAGAGAAGUCACACAGGUGACAUGCCAUAUUCCUGUUCUGAGUGUGGGAAAUGUUUUGCACAGAAAUUACAUUUUGUUACACAUCAGAGAAGUCACACAGGUGAGAAGCCGUAUUCCUGUUCUGAGUGUGGGAAAUGUUUUUCAUCGAAAUACCAUCUUGUUAGUCAUCAGAGAAGUCACACAGGUGAGAAGCCAUAUUCCUGUUCUGAGUGUAGGAAAUGUUUUGCACGGAAAUCAGCUCUUAUUAUACAUCAGAGAAGUCACACAGGUGAGAAGCUGUAUUCCUGUUCUGAGUGUGGGAAAUGUUUUGCACACAAAUCACAUUUUGUUAUACAUCAGAGAAGUCACACAGGUGAGAAGCCAUAUUCCUGUUCUGAGUGUGGGAAAUGUUUUUCAUCGAAACCAGAUCUUGUUAUACAUCAGAGAAGUCACACAGGUGAGAAGCCAUAUUCCUGUUCUGAGUGUAGGAAAUGUUUUGCACGGAAAUCACAUCUUGUUAUACAUCAGAGAAGUCACACAGGUGAGAAGCCGUAUUCCUGUUCUGAGUGUGGGAAAUGUUUUGCACACAAAUCACAUUUUGUUAUACAUCAGAGAAGUCACACAGGUGAGAAGCCGUAUUCCUGUUCUGAGUGUGGGAAAUGUUUUUCAUCGAAACCAGAUCUUGUUAGUCAUCAGAGAAGUCACACAGGUGAGAAGCCAUAUUCCUGUUCUGAGUGUGGGAAAUGUUUUGCACACAAAUCACAAUUUGUUAUUCAUCAGCAUGCUCACACAGGUUAGAUGCCAUUUUCCUGUUCUGAGUGUGGGAAAUGUUUCGCACAGAAAUCCGCUCUUGUUACACAUCAGAGAAUUCACACAGGUGAGAAGCCGUAUUCC